AUGGCGACCACCGAGGAUAAACCCGCUACCAAGGAGAACACGUCCAGCUGGAAGGACUCCAUCUACAACCCGAGGACCGGGGAGCUGCUGGGACGCACGGCCAGCAGCUGGGGCCUCAUCCUGCUGUUCUACCUGGUUUUCUACGCUUUCUUGGCCGGCAUGUUCGCCCUGACCAUGUGGGUGAUGCUGCUCACUCUGGAUGACUACGUGCCAAAGUACAGAGACCGCGUCCCCAAUCCAGGGCUGGUGAUUCGACCCAACUCUCUGGAUAUCGCGUUCAACAAAUCCGAACCGCAGCAGUACUCUCAGUACGUCCAGCACCUGGAGUCCUUCCUGCAAAAAUAUAACGAAACAGAGCAGGAGAAGAAUGAGGAGUGCAUUCAAGGAGAACAUUUCCUGCAGGACGACACUGAGGAGAUGACGAAGAAAGCUUGCCGCUUCAAGAGAUCCUUCCUGAGUCUUUGCUCCGGCCUCUCUGACACCAACUUUGGAUAUUCUGAGGGAAAACCGUGCGUGCUGCUGAAAAUGAACCGGAUCAUUGGCCUGAAGCCGCGCGGGAAGCCUUACAUCAGCUGCGCAAUAAAAAAAGACACUCCCGUACAAAUGCAUUAUUUCCCAAGGGAAGGCCUUAUUGAUCAGAUGUACUUCCCCUACUAUGGCAAGAAAGCUCACGAGAGCUACGUUCAGCCCCUGGUGGCCGUGAAGCUGCUACUCAACAAGGAGGACUACAACAAGGAGCUGACGGUGGAGUGCAAGGUGGAGGGAUCCGACCUCAACAACAACGACGACAGGGAUAAGUUCCUGGGUCGCGUCAUCUUCAGGAUCAAGGUGGUCGAGUGAGAGGAGAAGCAGAGGACGCCCGGUAGAAGGGAAACUGGUUGCAGAGGCUGCCCAUGUUUGAUAAGGAUUUAUGUUUAAAGAUUAAAAAGAAACACAAAAAAAAGAAAGAAAAAGGAAGGAAGUGUCAAAUGUGUCACAAAGACUGCAUGUUGGGAUGGGGCCGAAGCGUGUAAUGCAGAUGGUUUUGGCUACCGGUUGAUACAGAUUUAUGGAAUGUUGCUUUGCUGACAUUUGUGACUCUUCUUUCCUUCAACAUUCCUUGCUGACCUCCUCAAAGAUUCCCAGAACAAGACACAGGCUCAGCUCCCCCCUACCCAUCCAUCCAUCCAUCCAUCCAUCUAUCCAUCCGUCCUUUCAUUCCUCCACCCGUUGCACUGCUCAUCCUCCACUCAGUUAAUUUUUUAUUUUAGUAUUGACGUGACUAGGUAACUUAUUGC